ACGUCUUGUCUUUAGUCUUCCAGAGAUAUCGUUGGCAUCGUGUGCCAAGUGGCUUAGUUCGCUGAAGUAAUAUACAUUGAAAAUCGUGUUUCUGUAGUUCGAUACGUGAAAAGUUUUAAGGAAGUGGCAAUGCAAGGCCGAAGGCACACAUUUUGUACGAAGCUCUACAGUACAUAUUUACGAAAAUGGUGGAUUACUAUAGCAUUCGCAGUAUGCCUCAUUAUUCUUGGAAUCCUGGUUACUUGUGAAUUUACAGCGCUUAUUAAUAUAAUAAUAAACUAUCAAGUUGCUCUUCGCCGGGGAAGCCAAACAUUUGGAUGGUGGGCUAAGCCACCUGUGGAACCGAAAAUAUCCGUUUACGUUUAUAAUGUCACAAAUGCAAACGAGUUUUUGAAUAAUGCUUCCAAACCAAUUCUUGAUGAAGUGGGCCCUUAUGUUUACACAGAGUCAUGGGAGAAAGUCAAUAUUGUUGAAAAUGAAAACGGCACAUUAAGUUAUAAUUUGAAAAAAGUUUACAUUUUCCGAGAAGAUUUGUCAUUCGGAAUGGAGGAUGAUGUUGUAAUUGUUCCUAAUAUACCGAUGUUAAGUGCAACGUCUCAGAGCAAACACGCAGCUAGAUUCUUACGACUUGCCAUGGCCAGUAUAAUGGAUAUUUUGAAAAUAAAGCCGUUUGUUCAAGUCUCUGUUGGUCAGCUGUUAUGGGGCUAUGAGGAUCCACUUCUUAAAUUAGCUAAAGAUGUUGUACCUAAGGAGCAAAAGCUGCCAUAUGAAGAAUUUGGGUUAAUGUACGGUAAAAAUGGGACGUCUACCGAUCGUGUAACAAUUUUCACAGGAGUAAAUGACAUAACACAGUAUGGAAUAAUCGAUAAAUAUAAUGGAAGAUCAUAUCUGCCUCACUGGUUAAAUGAUGACUGUAAUAGAUUAAAUGGAACAGAUGGUUCAAUAUUCCCGCCACAUAUUGAAAAGAAUCGCAUUCUAUACGUAUACGAUAAAGAUUUGUGCAGACUUUUACCACUUGUGUUUGAAGAAGAAGUACAUAUCAAAGAAAGCAUCGUUGGGUAUAGGUUCACACCACCCGAAAAUGUAUUUUCAGACGUUGAAAGGAAUCCCGAAAAUAUGUGUUUCUGUCCAGCAGGACAACCUUCUUGUUCACCAAAUGGGCUAUUCAAUGUUUCCCUUUGUCAAUAUGAUUCCCCAAUUAUGUUGAGUUUUCCCCACUUUUAUUUGGGUGACGAAAGUUUUCUCUCUGAAGUGGAAGGAAUUUCACCACCCGAUAAGGAGAAGCAUAAAUUUUUCAUUGAUGUUCAUCCGACGAUGGGAACAACUUUAAGAGCUCGUGCUCGUGUCCAGAUCAAUUUAGCUGUCAGUCAAGUUUUCGAUAUAAAACAAGUGGCUAAUUUUCCUGAUAUUGUCUUUCCCAUUUUGUGGUUUGAGGAAGGCAUAGACGAACUACCGGACGAAAUAACCGAUUUAAUGAGCUUCGCCGCAACCGUGCCGCCAAAAAUUCGUUUGGGUAUCAUAAUUGGCCUUUUUGCAUUGGGUGCUUUUCUUUUCUCGCUUGCUUUAUUCUGCUUAAUAAGAAGCUCGAAUAGACAAAGCACCCUUCACCUCGAAGGAUCUAAUUAUUUAGCAACAGCACAGUUCGAUUUGACAAAAAAGAAAGCUAAGGAGUCGAAAUAAAAA